AUGAACCUGGAAGGGGUGGGCGAUGAAGUAAGGUGUCGCGCUUUCCCAGUAACCUUAGCAGGACAGGCAAUUUGUUGGUUCAACGCCCUUCCCCAGGACUCUGUAACCACCUUUGCCGACAUCAGUCGCGCCUUCUUGGGUCAGUUCACCACACGUAUCGCUAAAGCGAAGCACCCAAUUAAUUUGCUGGGGGUAACACAAAGGACCGGCGAGCCGACCCAGAAGUACCUGGAUAGGUUCAACGACGAGUGCUUAGAGAUCGACGGCCUAACCGAUUCAGUGGCCAGCUUGUGCUUAACAAACAGAUUACUGAAUGAGGAUUUCAGAAAACACCUUACCACCAUGCCCGUGUGGACAAUGCAAGAGAUUCAAAACGUCGCCAGGGAGUAUAUCAAUGAUGAGGAAGUCAGCCAGGUCAUGGCGGCCAAUAAGCAGCAACCCACCUACUCCAAUGCUAGCCCGCCCGGUAGCGAGGAAAGGUCAAAAGAGCACUCCAAAGAUGAAGGACCAGCUAAAACCUUCAAGUCGUUUUCCCGGGUAGGGAAAUUCACCAACUAUACCCCCCUACCAGCUCCAAUUGUUGAAGUCUAUCAGCAGAUCACCGACAAGGGCAUCUUGUCGAAGCCCUGA